GGCACCUCAGCCGCUCCGCCCCGCCGCCGCCGCUUCCCAACGCGACGCUGACACGAGAGCGGGACGUGGACCAAUAUUUUCCCUCUUUAUCGGUGUUAAAAUAUUAUGACAAGAUGGGUGAUGGAAUGCUCUCAUUAUCGUGGAACAACCACAAAGCCACAUUUUGUCACAUCCUGUCAACAUUACGGGAAAAGGAGAGAUAUACAGAUGUUACUUUAGCUUGUGAAGGGAAGUUCUACCCAGUCCACAAGCUGGUUUUGUCAACAUGUAGUGAAUACUUUGAGAAGAUGUUUGAGCACACUCCGUGUAAGCAUCCAGUCAUAGUUUUGAAGGACGUCAAACCUGAUGAGUUAGAAGCAUUAUUAAGUUAUAUGUAUGCUGGUGUUGUCAGUGUAGCUCAGAAUGACCUGGCUAGGUUGAUCAAAGCUGCCGAGUUACUUCAAAUUAAAGGCUUAGCCGUGCCAGAUGAACCUCCUUCAAGACAAGAAUGCAAAAAAUACAUCCCACGGGACGACCGAGCGAGUCCACACCCAAAAAGACGGAGACGAGAAGAUCCCUUACCGAUCGCCACAGUUCCUCCAGGGGUAGCAGUUGCGUCAGAGAGCCCUCCGUCCUCACCUCACCACGUAGACACUGAACACAACUGGGACCAACCGACCACACACCUGGAAGAGCCAAAGGGAGACAGUUGCGACCAGAGGCUUAACGACAGUACAGAUCAAAGGGAAGAAUUCAGUUCAACGAAACAGGAAUCGACAGCGCAUAUUCAGGACAAUGUAGACGAGACUCUAGUCAAAGAAGAGAUGGUAGAAACGGUUGAUGACAGCCAAGGGGAUGCACAACAUGAUUCUUCGAUGGAUUAUGGAACGGUUGGCGGGGGUGACGGAUCGGCAGACGAACACGGCAAAUAUAACCAAAUUGAUCCAAAACAUCCACAACCAUUACCUGAGGCUGUUGUAGAGGCAUUGGCUGGACCGUCUGGAAUGCAAGGGUGGCUAGGAACUGGUGAAAUGGGUGCAGGUUUUUCUAUAUUGGAAGGCUACAGCGAAGAUGGAAACCAGGAUGUUCAUGCAUCCUCGUCUAACCUUGGCAACGCACAAGCACAUCAGAUGGUGUGGCUGGACAAUGCCAGUCCUUCCCUGGGCGGAGUGGAAGGCGGCGGCAUGGUCUCGGAUUGCGGUCGCUUCGCCUACCCCAAGAAAGGGCCCAAAGUCCACCAGUGCCCGAGGUGCCCCUUCGCCAGCUCGAACCGCUCUCACUUCGGCGAUCAUUACCGAUCCCACACGGGGGAAAAACCUUUCGCCUGCUCGGAGUGCCCCUACCGCUCGGGGGACAAAUCCAACUUCAAGAAACAUCUGCGGAUACACACUGGAGAUAAGCCUUUCAAGUGUCCGUAUUGUCCUUAUCGGUCCGUCCAGAGGAGCAGUCUCAAGGUGGGGCCGGAGAACCACAGCCUGCCUCAGGGAGGACUUACUGCUGCGGUGACCAGCAUCAUCAAGCUACACUGCUGCCCAUACUGCCCCUAUACAACGAAAUGUUCCAGCAAACUAAGGGACCACAUCCACGUUCAUACGAAGGAGAAACCAUACGCCUGCCCGCACUGCCCUUACAGGUGUAUUCAGAAAGGGAGGUUCAAUACUCACAUGAAGAUGCAUACGGGAGAAAAGCCGCAUUGUUGCCCCCACUGCCAGUACCAGACUGCCAAUAGCAGUAAUCUGAAGAAUCACAUGAUGAGGCAUACGGGAGAAAAGCCGCUUUGUUGCCCCCACUGCCAGUACCAGUCAGUCAGUAGCAGUACUCUGAAGCGUCACAUAAGGAAGCAUACGGGAGAAAAGCCGCAUUGUUGCCCCCACUGCCAGUACCAGACAGCCAGUAGCAGUAAUCUGAAGAGUCACAUAAGGAGGCAUACGGGAGAAAAGCCGCAUUGUUGCCCCCACUGCCAGUACCAGACAGCCUGUAGCAGUAAUCUGAAAAGGCACAUCCAGACUCACAGCAUUAGGAACGAGAUACCUUAGUAUCAACUGUAGAAAAAUAUAAAACGCAAAAAAGUCCUGCUUGAUAGAAGGCCUUAAGGGCUAUUUGGAUACAUAUGGUCAUACAGCUUUGUAAGGUAAUCCUUGACCAUUUUCAUGAAUUGCCUGCCCAUUUACAGAAAUAUUCAGAAAUAAACAAGAUCA